AUGAAGGUCAAGGAAUGGCUUGAACGGAAACACGCAGAUGAUGAUUCAAUCGUUUUUGUAAAGGACCACAAGACGGCUGCACAUUUUGUGGUCUCAAUUGUCCUGUCCAAGAAGGAGGAGGCGUGGUUUGAGAAAUAUUACACCAAAGUGCGGCCACAGCUACUUGCUGGCGAAAGGAAACGUAAGCGAGAUGAGCAGGAUGAGAAGGAUGGAGAUGAUUUUUUCUUUGUGUCCUCCCGCGGUAAGCCAAUUUACAAUGCAGCUGGUGAUCUGAUAAAGCUCCAGCAAAAGUGCAACGUCCCCCAGGUGAGCAGCCAGGUUGUACGGAGGGUAUUUGAGACAGCAGCUAACCGCCUGGAUGACCCUCAGAAGAAAGCAGUUUCUGACUACCUGGGCCAUUCUGGCACAACAGCUGACAGACAUUACAGGAUGAAAUCUCUUGAAUCCAUUGUGAUGGCUGCUGGUCUGCUGAAGAAAUUACAGAGGCAGAAGAAGUCAAGUGCUGGGCCUUCCGGAGAAGGGACCCGUCAAGAGGCUCUUGGAGAAGGGACCAGCCCUCAGUCAGUGGAGUCUUCCAGCCAUGAACAAUUCAAUCGGAGGAGGCCAACGAAAGAGCGUGUCGACACAUGGGUCAAAAAGCAGGGAUGGAAGUGCAAGGCUGCCAACAUCAGCACUGAGGUUGUGGAGAACUGGGCACCAUCUGGAUCUGAGGACCGCAUCAUGGACAACAAACGGAUCCAGUCAUUGGUGAAAACACAAGACUGGAAAGGACUGCACAUCACACAGUUUGAAGAGAAGGGCGAUGGGAUCAUUACAACCCGCACUUUUAAGAAAGGCCAGGUUGUAUGUGAUUAUCAUGGGCCUGUUGUUAGUGGAAAGGAGGGCGAGAACGUACACAAAAACACAACUGGAAAGGAGACUGGAUAUAUCUUCUUUUUCCGGAACAGUAAAGGACAGCCAAUGUGCAUUGAUGCCCACUCAGACAGGUGUCAUUGCCACCCUGACAAGAGAACAUUUGGCAGGCUGGUGAAUCAUUCCAAAAAGAACUCGAACAUCAAGCCCCUGCACUGUGUGGUGGACAAGCAUGGAGAAAUGAAGGAUGUGAUCCUUUUCAUUGCAACCAAGGACUUGCCAGUGGGUGAGGAAGUUCUGUUUGACUAUUGA